AUUUGUUCGAGGAUAUGUCGUGCGACACACCGUUUGGAAUUUACUUCCGGUGUCAUGGCAUUUUGACAUUUCCUGAUUUUUCGUGAUAUUUGGUUGUUUGAAGUAUUUCUGAUUAUGACAAUGGACAUGGGUCCCCUGUUGGAGAGUCUGCGGUCAGCGGCCGGGCCACAAGAUAAGGACCGGGCACUGGACGCUCUACUUACAGUGUUCACAGACCCGGAAAAUGAGGAGAAGACAGAUGACCUGUCGGUGGAUGUGACGGGACAGGGCUUGUUUGAUGACCUGCUUGCCCUAGGGCGGGAUGAAGCCCACAUCACAAAGGUCGCACAGUUACUGGCAGAGGUGGCAAAGACAGAGAGUGUACGAGAGCCAUGUGUUGAGAAGGGUUUUGUCCCGCUACUGCUGCGACUUCUGGAGAAACAGGAAGACAUAAACAGUAUGACACAGGCCUGCAGAGCUCUCGGCAAUGUUUGCUUCGACAAUGACUUGGGGAGGGGAAUUGUACAGGACAACAAUGGCAUUGAGAUCCUGCUUUCAUUGAUGCGCACCUUGCUGUCCAACACUGAGGACGGGUCAGACCGACUGCGAACCAUUGCCUGUGGCUUCUUGCUAAACCUUACAAACACCAAUGAAUCUCUUCAGCAGAAGGCAAUAGAGGGGGGAGCACUGGAGGUAAUCAACAAGUACCUGGUCCAAUAUCAGACAGCAGAUGGCCUUUGUAACAUGAUCCUGGUCACCAUAUCCAGUAUUACUGACUCAGAGCAGUGCAAGUCAAGGUUGCUGGAAAGUGGGCUAUUGACGACCUUAGUGGACUUCCUACGUACGCCGAUGGGUGACGAGAACUGUGAAUCCAUCCUGGAUAUACUGAUUGCUGUCGCGGAGUGGGACGAGGUGAAGGAUGCCCUGGCUCAGACGGAGCUGUGUCCUCACCUGAUCUCACUGGCUCAGACGAACGUGCAACAGAACGCGGACUACAGCGAGGAGAACCAACAGAAAAUAAAACUGUCGUCUGACCUCCUCAUUCUGCUCCUUACUGGAGAGAGAAGUAUGGAGGUGUUGUUUGAUGAUGGUAAGGGGGAGAUAUUUGGGGCGUCCCUCAAGUGGCUCGACUCGGAACAGGAUCAUCUACAGAUCUCGGGGGCCCUUGCUGUAGGAAACUUUGCCAGGAGCGAUGAGCAUUGCCGGUUCCUUGUUGAGCAAGGUGUAGUGGGUCGACUUCUGGUGCUUCUCAAGCCCGUGUAUGGAGAGCCCAAGCCCACACUGGAACACGCAGCCCUCAGCGCUCUUAGGAAUCUAGCUAUUCCAGGCUCCAACAAGGCGUCGCUUAUCAAGGAAGGCGUUAUCGAUGCUGUCUUGGUGCUGGUCGAAUCAGAAAUGUUGGCUGUCGUCUUCAAAAUUAUUGGUGUGCUCAGAAUGCUUGUUGAUGGCCAAGAGGAAGCAGCUCUGAAACUGGGCCAGGACCGAGAGUUUGUCACCCGCCUUGUCGAGUGGAGCGCCUGUGAGGAGCAUCCCGGGGUCAAAGGUGAGGCAACACGUCUGCUAGCUUGGCUCGUGAAGAACAGUCGUACCGAGGAAGUGAUGCGCAACAUUAUCCGCUCCGACGGCAUACCACAUCUGGUUGGCAUGAUAAUGUCAGAACAUAUCGUCAUGCAGAACGAGGCCCUAGUCGCACUCAAUUUCAUGGUCACAACAGUUCUAGCGGAUGUUGCCCUGCCUUUGAAGGAGGCGGAGCUAGCGGAGACGUUGACAACCCUGUUACUGGACAAACACACGCUGCCAGAGAUCAAGUGCAAUACCCUGACACUCACGAAAACCAUUCUAACUGCAGAGAACCUUCGAGAGGACAUCGUGUCACCCAGCAUGUGUGAUGCGGUGCGCGGCCUGGUGGACCAUUCCGAGGACAAGGUGAGGCAGGCUGCAUUGGCUGUCAUCCCCCUUAUGGAGGACUCAUCUGAAGGAGAGAGGUGACACCCCUAUGACAGGGAUAGUCCAACUGAAACAACCUCCAACAUGGAACACUAAACUAUACACAAUGUUUACAUAGAGCAGAAGUGAAGCAAUAAUGUGCAUAAUAUGUUUGCUGUCAAGGGGGCCAUUCCAUCAGGACUGCUAGGAGUGGUUGCGUACCUAGGAGAAGUUUUAAUAAAUGCAGUACUUCUGUUAAAGACAUCCCUAAAGAAUGAAAUAUGUCCUUGGUUUCUUAAUGAAUUGGACCGCAGACUUUCUUAAUUGGCUCAAAACAUCAAGCGUGAUACGAGUAUGACGACAUUGUGUAAAGGAAAAAGAGAAAGAGACAAAGUGUUAGUUGUAGGACAAGGGAAGGUUGAAAUUGUGUGACCACUGAAAUUGAAUAUGCUAGUCAAGUCACAAUAAAUAUAGUAUGCUGGUCUUUACAAUGAAUGUCUUUCAUAUACUGACACAUUUUACAUUGAAGCUAGUUUCCACAGUAAAGCAUUUGAGUAUUUUUGUCAUUAUUGGUGUAUGGACCACAUAAAACCAUGCAUUCCUCGAAUUGUGUUUAUUUGCAGUUUGCAUUUAUUUUAUAGGUUUCAUGCAAUUCAUUUCAUGUUUUCCUUUUUGAACUGUAUUAGCCAUCUGUGAUAUAUAGAUUGUUACAGAAUUAGUACUGUAGAACAGUUUUUGUAUGAAGUAGACAGAUUUAUUUCAAUUAAUCAUGCUUUUGGUGGAUAUACAAACAUAAGUCAAUGGACUUGGGAUAUUUUCCCAAGUAUAAAAUUACUUUAAUAUUUUCCCAAAUAUAAAAUGUAAGUUAUUUUAAAAGGAUUUUUUUUUGUAGUUACUUUAGCCAGGGAUGUGAUUUGUGUGUGUAUUUGCGAGGAUUUUAACCGUCCAUGGACCAAUAGUAAAUGAAUAUUGAAACCAAAAAAACACAAACAAAGGCUUGAUAUAGCCAGUUUUGCUUCUGUGGCAGGGUGCUUCAUCCCUUUUUAAACCCAUUUUGGGUCUUAAGAACCCCUGAAAUCCUUUGCCGAAAUGUUUCAGACCUUCAGCUGCCAGGUCAAUCUGAAUCAUAUCCCUGAAUAGCACAAGAAAUACUGGGUUUCAUUGUGUUCCUCUUAGGAUAGUAAAAACCUUUAUAAACAUGGCAUAUAUUUAAUCGCUGAUUAUACAUUUGUACUAGACUGUGAUGUCCAUUGUUCAAAUAUCUAGGCAUUAUGCUAAGAACAGGGUUCAAUACUUGUUAUUUUAUUACCAAUCAUGUUUAUUAUGCAGUUUCACUGAUCAAAAAGUACUGUUACAACAGUAGAGUUUCUGAAGAGAAAAUGCUUUAGAUGUUUACCUUAUUGUUUGUGCACUAAAACAUAACAAAACUGUAAUUUUGGCCUUCCAAAUAAUCACAAAGUCUUACUUUUUUGUCCCACCAAAUUAUUACAAAGCCAUAAGUUUGGCCCACCUAUUUAAUGCAAGCCAUUAUUUUGUCCCACCAAUUUAUCACAGAGGCAUAAGUUUAGCCCACCAAAUUAACACAAAACGAUAAGUUUGGCCCACCAAAUUAACACAAAACCAUAAGUUUGGCCCACCAAAUUAACACAAAGCCAUAAGUGUGGCCCACCUAUUUAAUGCAAAGCCAUUAUUUUGUUCCACCAAUUUAUCACAGAGGCAUAAGUUUGUCCACCAAAUUAACACAAAACCAUAAGUUUGGCCCACCAAAUUAACACAAAACCAUAAGUUUGGCCCACCAAAUUAACACAAAACCAUAAGUUUGGCCCACCAAAUUAUUCUGAAGCCUUAAUUUUGGCCCACCAAAUUAUCAGUCAUAACCUUGCAUACCGAAUUAUCACAAAGCCAUAAUAUUGUCCCACCAAAUUACCACAAAGCCCUCAUCUUGGCCCACCAAAUUAUCACAAGGCCAUAAAGUUUAGCCCACCAAAUUAUUAAGCCUUAAUUGCUUUAUCUUCUUAUCUAACAUGCAUGUAAACAUAACUUAGUGCUUUGCAUGAGCGCAUGCUUGCACCAUCACUAAACAGAGACGUUACAUCCAUGUUUUAUAUGCUUUUCAUGUUAGUUUUAAAUCUUUACAUGCUGGUAGCAUCAUGACACGGAUGUUUGAUUGAACACAAGUUGGAAAGAAUCAUACCAUACCCGCGUGUAGCAGGGUGAUACUGGCGCCCUACUGAAACAGGUUGAUAGAAACAUCACCACACAUGUACACUUCAUUUGACAAUCUACCUUGCUCAGAAAAUGUCUAUUAUAUCCAACUUGUUGUUUGCGUUUAUACAUAACUUAGGCUUGAAUUAUUGUUGAAUAAUGCCCUUAGUUGAUGGACUGAAACACACUAAUGGACCAGUGUUUGUACCGGAGUAGAGUGUUCUUGGUAGGAUUUUCUGUCUGUUAUCUUUAUAUGUUUAGCUUUAUUUUGACAAGUUUACUGAAUCUUCUUUUCUAUUUGUAUGCUCAGUGCAUUUUAAAGUGCAAACAUUUUAUUGCCUCAAUGUAUAUGCUAUUUUGUUAAUGUGCUUAUCAAAACAAAUAUACCAUAAAAUAUCUGGAGCCUGAUUAAAUUAUUAUGAAUUUUAUGUUUAGGGUUUGAACCAUUACACAAAAACAUGAAUCCUUGCAUUCCGAGAUGGUUUUUGUGUUCGUCAUAUUUUUCUUAUUUAAAUUUCUUUUCAACGAAAUUAAAAACAACAACAUGUAAUAACCUAUUAUUAUCCAAAGAAAAAAGAAUCAUACCAAAAAUGCCCGAAAACCAUUUCUCUCAGGUGAGCAAUUAAGUUGAUUCUUAAAGCUAUGAAAAAUCAAUGCCAUUCUUUGAAGGGUGGAGACUUUUGCAGAAACAGAUUGAUUAGGUUUUCUUAUAAAUUAAUAAAAAAUGAAUUUGCUGACUUAAAGACAAGAGGAACACAUUUUGGUACAAAAUGAUAAGAAAUUUCAUCUUAUCGAAAGUUUUUGAACAGAUUAUUUUAAUUUAACCGAUCUCUGUUAGAGCUUCUACAUGUCAUAUUUGAACCUGUAUGUUGUAUUAUAAAUAUUGGUGUUUUUAAAUGCACUGAGUAUAUUUGUAUACCCACACUUUGUUCAUGUUAAAAUACCUGCUGACCUUAGUGUUAUGUUGUGAUUUUUGAAAAUAAUUGAAAUCCUUACAUGUUUUGAAAUUCAAGAACUCAUUUUAAUGUUCAUCCAUUUUCAAGAGUAAAAUAUAUAUUAUAUAUAUAUGUAUAUAUAUACACACAAGUGUUAUAUUUUACUGAUUUAAUUCAGUUUAAUGGAAUGAUGUUAUCUGGUACAGCUAGACAAAAGAUGGACUUAGACAGUGCAAAGUUUUUUGUUGUUUUAGAUGUUAUUGAAUUUUCUAUCACAAUCAUGAAUUACUUCAUCAACAUGCUUUCCUUGUCAUAUAAAGUAAUGAAAAUAAAGCAUGAAAACAUC